AUGCGCUCGAUGACGCUCACGUUGCCAAAACGUGAAGCAUCAUAACUCGAAUAAGGCGACUUUCCUACAUUGUGGGGUAGUUUUUAAAGUGAAAGAUGUCAACUAGAGGAAGACUCUCAGUCUCUUUCACCAAACGAAGAUUACCUUACUGCGCCACGUCUUAUUAGGUGUUGAAGACUUUGACCAUCAACGACAGAAAACGUUCUUAACAGCUCGAUACUGCUGGAUCAUGGUCACCAAACUGCAGCUAAGGGAGAAGUGGAAAAGAAGAACGUCUUCAGUUAACAGAGUUAAGCAUCGCAGCAGGCGAGCGAGGAGACGUCUGCGUUGCCAGCUGCUAUUAUGGAUGUGGAGGAAAUCUAUGGAGAAAUACCAUGUCGGAUUUAGGAGACGGAAAAGUUGGUUCUGGAUUGCACAUGGUUGGAAACGUGGGAGGAAUAGAUCUCGCUCUGAAACUACUGCGCUAUUGCUGAAUCGAGUCCCAAAAAAUGGGUCAUCUCUGCCCUCGAAUUUAGGCAAAACACCCUUAAAACUAGUGGACCCUUCGGAACCUUUUCUCCCAGCCAAGUCGGACAUGAAAACACACGCUAUUUGUGCAUCAUCAAAGAAACGGCUCAAGUCAAAUGACUUGUCAAGACGCGAUGCUGACUCUCAGAGCAAAAUAUCCUCUUAUCUCUGUCUGAAAAAACACGUCCAUGGUACUGUUAUUUCCACAUCACUGUACAAAGUCACUCCACUGUCUUACAAAUAAACAUGUCUGCCAGAAUAUCUCGAGGGCUUCUACCGAAGAUACGGCAGCUUUGUCCCUUUUCAGGAAAAAGACGCGUUGGAUUUCCUACAGAUGAUGUCCGAGCAUCAAAACAAAGUCAGGAAGAAUCUCAUCAUGGCGCUGAUCUCCUCCUGCCUCCAGGGUGUGAGCCAGACACCUGCUUGCCCUUUCCGUGUUGUUUUCAAGAAGCACGUGCUGACGCUGGAGGACCUGUCCACGCUGGCUGAGGAAAACUGGCUCAACGACCAGGUCAUGAACAUGUAUGGAGAGUUGAUCAUGGAUUCAGCCAAACAAAAGGUUCAUUUCCACAACAGCUUCUUCUAUCAGCAGCUCAUGGCGAAGGGAUUUGAGGGGGUGAAGAGGUGGACGAAGCAGGUAGAUCUCUUCUCCCACAAACUUCUCCUGGUGCCGGUCCACCUGGAGGUCCACUGGUGUCUGGUGGCCGUUGACCUGGUCCAGAAGACCGUCUCUCUGUACGACUCACAGGACCUUGCCCCUCGUGAAGUUUCAACCAACAUCCUGAAAUACUUGAUCGCAGAAGCAAAACAGAAGCAGCUCAAGGUGUUUGAAAAUGGAUGGAAGUUGUCCCUCGCUAAGAAAGUGCCACUCCAGAUGAACGAAAAUGACUGUGGAGUUUUUGUCUUAGAGUACGCCAGAUGUUUGGCCUUCAAAAAGCCGCUCAGGUUCACGCAGAAGGAGAUUCCACUGAUACGCAAGCGCAUCUACAAGGAGCUCUGCGACAGUAAAAUCCAAGACUGACAUGUUCAGUCCUGGACGUUGCACCACUGUGGUGUUUUGUAUGCAAGUGUUCCACCCUGCUGUUUAUUUAUGUCACUAUUUUUUGUCCAAAUAAAAAUGAGCUGAAAGAUUUCUCAUGAAGUUUAUCAUGUGGUUCUGUUCACAACAAAGUCACCACUCUGACUUUUCUCCUCCAGUCAGACACUAACAAUCUAAACUGAUGGCUGAACUUCAACAGAAAGAUGUGAU